AUGGCCUGGCUUCCCCCAGAGAUCCUCAUGGUCAUCGUCUCUCACAUUUACGACCCUUCGACGCUGGUAUCGCUACAAUCUGUCAAUAAAGAUUGGUCGGUAGCUGCAGCCUGGCAGCAGGAUCGCAUGUUCUUGCUCCUGGAUAUGAACAAGCGCAACCAAGACAUCAUUGAGAAGAGGCGCAAGGACCUUCGGGCUCGUGAUCUGGUACGCGGGAUAGUCGUGAACCACCCCGAUGGUGACUACUGGCAUGAUAAUUUGCCGGGUAGUGGUCGAAUGACGGUUGAUGUAAGAUUCAAACACUUCGAACGUCUCUCCUUCUUCUUUAGAGCGAAGGUUGGGCAGUUUCCUAACCUAGAUCGUCUGACCCUGCACCUUCGCCCGCCAAGAGUCUACAAACCCAUUCCUCAAGUGUUCGUUCAGAAAGAGGCGAUCCUCCAAGAGGCAAUCGAGGGCUUAAUCAAAGCUCUCAAGAAAUUGGGCAAGGCCAAAAAAGGUGACAGCUUAAAUGAGCUCUCCAUUCAAUGCCUGCCAACCCAAGUUCGCUUCCCCGGGUCUCCAGAUUGGGACAUGGAAUCCCACAAGAGGGCGAUAACAAAGCUUCGGUUGAAGAAUUUGAAGAUAGGUUUAGUGAGCUCAACUGUUUGGAACUGGACCCCAGCAGAUCAGCCAGUCGGUGAUCCACCAUGGUUUUGGGUGAUGCCUACAAUGCGAACUCUACGGAAGCUCUCUAUCACUUGCUGGGGAUUCUACAUCAAGAACAUUGCAGGAGCGGGCUGGGGACAAUCGAUGUUUCUUCCGUCCCUGGAAUCCCUUGAGCUGCGUGGCUGUGGGUUCACGGCGGACACCCAGCUGGAUUGGAUAGUCAGACAUGGCAGAACCUUGACCCAUUUGAAGUUACAUGACUGUGCAAUCGUGCAUCGUCUUAUUAUGUGGACUUCACCUCAAGGUGUUGUUAGGGCUGAUCAAUGCCAUGCAUCCUUACGCAUCGUCAAUGAUGGACCCAGGGGCAAAGUCCGCUUAUACAACACUCGGUGGUCCCAGUACUUUGACAAGAUGCAACUACAAUUGCCACAACUCAAGCAUUUUGAGAUUGGCAGCAGCCGGGUCCGUGCCCCCGGUGAAGAAGGGCCUUCGUUCAUGUCAGAAGAGCAUCAUGGGCCAGAGCUCAACAGGCCCUCGCAGUUCCUGUUCGGCCUUUUUCCAGAUCGCUAUCUGAAAAUGGCUGACAAGGCUGGGUGUCCGUGUUGCUCUUGGGUACUUGGAAGUUGCUCUUGGGUACUUGGAAGAGCAGAACAGGAGGGUCCGAAGCGACAGAAACUACUUUUAGACGAUUCGGAUCGGGAAGCCCUACGUGGGCUGCUGCAGAAGAUUGGGCAGUCAGUGCAUGAAGACGCCAACUCAGAUCAUGCUGGAUAUGUUCGAAAGCUGAUGGGACGCGUGAAAGCGGACAAUUCCCAGUCGUCGAAGGGUUCAUUAAGUUCUGAAGGGACAUCCAGUUCUGCCGACUGGGACUCUGAUUGGUCUUCCGAUUUGAACGCAGACUGCUCUGAGAACUACAAUGUUUGGAGUGACUAA